AUGUUGAUGCACCUACCGAUAUUGCUUCUUGCCUACGCACUUGUUUUUCCUAAAUCCUCCCACGCAUUCGUUAUCUCCAUAGACGCCUUGAGGAUGCGGAUUAAAGCCAGCCUUCCGCAUCCUCUUAUAAUGAUACCGGGUGAUGGUGGUUCACAAGCAUAUGCUCAGUUCAAGGACCACAAAUCUGACCCCUUCCAAAUUUGGAUAGACCUUCGAUAUAUCAUAACACCCAGGACAUUUUGUGAUUACUUUAAGCUUGUUUACAACAAUGAGACGCGACGAUCUGAGGAUAAUGACAAAGCUUCGAUAAGUUUUCCUGGUUGGGGUGAAACUUGGCCUGUGGAUAAUUUAGAUUCACGUCCACAUACCGUGACCAAAUACUUCCAAGACGUAACUAACGCUUUCACAGCGAAUCCCUACUAUGUGUCAAACUUUACGAUACGCGGAGCGCCGUUCGACUUCCGAAAAGCUCCUAACGAGAAUGAAGACUUCAACCCCAAAAUGAAGCUGUUGGUCGAGGAGACCUUCCGGAAUGGCGGAAAUCAGCGUGUCGUUCUCCUCGCUCACAGCCUAGGCACCUUGUACGCGCUCAAUUUCCUCAACAACCAGACCACCUCCUGGAAGCAGCGUUACAUAAAGGCGUUGGUAGCCGCCAGCGGACCACUCGGUGGUUCUGUAAAGGCUCUCAAAAUUCAAGCAAGCGGUGACAACUUUGGCAUCUAUUUUGGUAAUCCUCUCUGGUACCGCGAGGUGCAGCGUUCAAUGCCCUCACUCGCGUUCCUUCUGCCAGAUCCACGAAUUUGGCCUGACGACGAAAUUGUGAUCUUCACGCCGACGAAAAACUACACUGUUCACGACUACAAGGAAUUUUUCUACGAUAUUGGCUACCCCGAGGGCUACCAAAUGUACUUGGAUACGAAGCCGAUUGUGGAUGGAUUUGUGGGUCCGACGGGCGUGGACGAGGUUCACUGUGUGUACGGCUCGGGCGUGAGCACCACGAUGGCGAUGGUGUACGGUCCGGCGACGCCCACGCGAGGCGCCUUCCCCGACCAGGUGCCCAGCCUCCUCUACGGUGACGGCGACGGCACCGUGAACAUCCGCUCACUCGAGCGGUGCCUCCGGUGGUCCGGCGUGCGGUCCAUGGUGCUCCCCAAGGUCGGCCACCUGGAUGUCAUCCAGGACCCUCGGUUCAUCGAUCGGUUGAAGGCGAUCACCAACGCCAACAAAUAUGCGCCCCUUCGAGGCUCCUUGUGGGCUGCCUUGCUGUCCUCCCUAGGACUGCAAUAA